AUGGCCCUAGCUGAUCGUGCGUCACUUUGUGGGUUGAAAGUCACGCCCGGUCUCUUUUCCACCCAGGGGACAUUGCCAUGGACACCAUUCUCAGAUUCGGUUGGUCCCUUGGCCAAGUCCAGUGAAGACAUUUCUGACAUGCUUUCCGUUUGGCAUGGCAGUAAAGACUAUAGCCAGUUCCUUAUUUCAACUUGGUUGCCCUUGAGGGUUGGAUUCCUUCAUCCUGGCUAUCUUGAGCAGGUUAUCGCGGAGAUAGAGGUAGCUAUUGGAAGAAUCUCGCAGUAUGGAGGUGUCGUGAAGAAAUGGGUGAAUCUUCGUCGCUUCGGAGCCGAUGGCGACGACAGCAGUUUGCAAAAGGUCGGCUGGCAUGACUACGCAGCGGGGUUUAGGGAAUUCAUUUCCCACAACUUUAAUGACUCCUCAAUCCAAACACUAAAAGACCUCGUUGAUUUCAACAAUCAGCAUGCCAACCGAGUGCUUACUCCUAGCUGCCCGAAGCAGGACAAACUAAUUAGUGCCAUAGAGCACCAAGAUAAAGUCUGGAAAAACCUCCGACAAACAAAUCGUGACGCAGUGGAGGCGACUAUGAGAGAAAAUGGCAUUGAUCUCAUAAUCGGCGCACCCACUGGAAGAUUUCCCACAAUCGCUGCGGCUGCAGGAUGUCCUUCUGUCACUUUGCCAUUGGGUUAUUCAAAGCAGAAUGAAAGACCAUUGGGACUCAUGGCUCUCGCACAGCCUAACAGGGGGGGAUUUACUGGUGAGCGUCGCGAGCGCCUGGGAAGCCACAUUCGGAUCGCCCAAACCACCUCAGCUCUCAGGAGAUGA